UUGUCGUAAAGCGUCUUUCUCCAUUGAUGACUAUUCAAAAGCAGCUGUAUAUUCUAUUAACAUUUUUCCAUAAGUGGUUAAUUAUGCUUGUAAUUAACCUGUUGAAAUGUAAAUUACAAAAUGUAAUUUAGUUGUAGAAAAAGAGCAAAAGGGAAUCAGAAAUCAUUCAAACAUGUUAAAGACAGAUGGAAACAGAGAGGACAGGAAACAGUUUGUGGUUCAUGAAUUCACAGCUAUAUUUCCUGGUCAAACCUGAGAGGCGUUUCACACCAAACACCACAUAGAAACACAGACACACAGUCAGUGAACAGUUUGACUCUCAACACGUGAGACGAGAAAUAAAUGUAUUAUUUUAUUCUCCACUGAUAGAUGAGCGCAGUAUUAUUGUUAUUUGAGUUUCAGAAAGUCGUUUGAGGAACUGCUGAGAGUUUCAGACUGAUUUUCUGAACUGAACUGAUGAAGAAAUGAAGUUUCCACUGACAGUUUGUGUGUUUCUGCUGACGGUGAUCAGGUCACUGUCUGUGGACAUUAUAGUGAGAGGAACGGAGGGAGAACCAGUGAGGAUUAAGUGUCCUUAUCCAAGAGGAUAUGAAAACUCUUACAAAUACUUCUACAAAGGAGUUCACAGAGACAGUGUCAUUAUACUACGAUCUGAUGGAAACAAGACGUCACCCAGAUUCUCAUUACGAGAUGAUCGUCAGACCAGAUCAUUUACAGUGACCAUCAGUGACCUGAAGAUGGAAGAUGCUGGAAUAUACGGCUGUGGAGCUGGAUGGGGAGAAUAUAAAGUAAUCCAGCUAAAUGUGAAUAAAGCUCCACAGAAAACAGCUCCUGUCCAGAUCUUUACCUCCACCUUCUAUCCAGAUCAAACUAUCAGCUCAUUUUCAAACACGCCGCCCUAUCUGAGAACAUCAGACACAAACCCACAAUCCAGCAGCAUCACGAUCACAGACCAUCAGAUCAGCUCUUCAACAGGUUCAGUUGUGAUUAUCGUCACUGUGGAGGCUUUGGUUUUUCUCCUGAUAGCAGUUUCACUGAUUAUAGUGGCUGUACGAAAUAAAAUGAAGAAGAAAGGUCUGCUGUUGUCCAUCGAAGAGUUUAAUCCAGAGUUUUAUGAAAAGAUCAAAGACGCUGGACGUCACUGUGAUCCAGAGGACAGAGACACAAUUACAACUGUUGUUUACAGCUGUGUUUCCUAAACUAUUGUCAUAUGACACAGUUCAUUUCAACUAAUAUAAUAUAAUAUAAUAUACUAUAAUAUAAUAUAAUAUAAUAUAAUAUAAUAUAAUAUAAUAUACUUGAUUAUUUGGUCUUUUGUGUGUUUUUUUAUUGUAGUUAUGAUUAAUGUGACAGUUUUAUAUUGAUUCUGUUGUGUUUACAGCUGACGUACACAAAUAUGGAUCAUACAAAUGUAUUCUCAUUAUAUACUUUCAUUCUGCGGUUUAAUGGACAAA